CUGUAACAGUAGAUUUUCAAACGGAUGUGAAUGCCUGUAGCCUACCUUAAGUCAUCAUGCACUGUAAAUUAGAUAACGAAUUAUUUCAUUGCUGGUAUUCGAUUUAUUGUGAAAGUAUUUAAGACAUAUUAAUACAUUUAUUUAAAAUGAGGAGAUCUGACGUUUAAAUUUUAACGCUUAGUAAUUUCAUAUUUUAUUGACACUAAAUCUUCACCAUCAGCUUGCUAGAAUUGUACCCUCAACUGGAUGUUUAUACAGUACAUAUCUGCCAUCUGGUUUGAUGAAAUACGGGUGCGUAGGCAGCGUUUCGAAAUAAAUUCUGCGCCAAACUAUAGUGACCAAAACCUUUUCCGGAGCCUCUAAGACGUUUGCGCGAUGCCUGUGCCACUGCAGAUUCUGUCCACGUUCGUUUGAAAUAAACAGCGUCCAUUUUCUAGGGUACAAGGAAUAGCGAAAACUGUUUCGACCAACUCAAUCGUGCCAUCGUCCGAGGAAGGCGUGAUUUGUCUUCGAUUUAAAGCAGGUAUGGACAAAGCUUUUUCCACCCCAAUGCUGAAAUUUACAUUGACAAGUGAGCCGCUUUAAGAAGUGGCUUUCUGUGUAUUGUUUUUGUAAGCGUUCAUAUUUUCUUCUUUGUAUGAUUUGUCUGGGAUUUGCUCGGCCAAAGAUAAAAAGUACAAGAGGUGUCAACUGUUCAGCGCAGCAGCAAACAUUUCAGUCACGUGCUUUCAUCAGUGCUAGACCACCUGUUCUAAAGCACAACCUUUGAGUUCAACAAGCUUUGAGUCAGGAUUUAUAAAGAGGAAUGGACUGUGUACGCAAACUCUGGAUCUUUGUUUGAAUCAUGUUUCUAAGGGAGGGCGUGUGCUUGCCAUUAGCUGGCGAAUAAGAUUCCAUUUGGACUAAUACGUCAGAGAGCUGACUGAACCAGUAAGAAUCGGGCUCGUGUAAAACUGCUGGCAGAUCAGCCAAUCAAACCUCAGUGGUAGAAUGCUGCCCCCUGCAGGAAGUGCUGUCUCUGAUAAUCAGGCGUACAUAACAGGAAGAGGGAAGUACAGUUUCUCACAGAUGGAAGCUUUUGUUACAUCAGGGACCUUUUAAUACGAUUUUAAUCUAUAUUUUUCAAAAUACAGGAUUUUCUGAUAACAUAGACAGAGAAAAAAUACCAAGACGAAGAGAGAUUUGAGUCUAAUUUUAAAGACAGUCCUUAGCUUCAGUUUGUUGUAAGUAGUAAGUAAAAGUGAAACUAAACUACAGAUUUAGCAGAAGCCAUUACUGAGCUCUGAACAGACCGAGACAAAAUGGCAGUCUGCAGUCUGCACAGUGAAAAACUCAAACUCUUCUGUUUGGAUGAUCAAAUACCCGUCUGGCUUGUCUGCCAAACUUCAAAAAAACACGAAAACCAGAAAGUGCGACCAGUUCAGGAGGCUGCACAAGAGUAUAAGGAGAAACUCAGGACUGCACUGGCUCCACUGCAGGAGAAGCUAAAAGCCUUUAAUGCAGUGAAACUAGUCUGUGAUCAAACAGCAGAGCACAUCAAGAGUCAGGCCCAGCACACAGAGAGACAGAUAAAGAUGGAGUUUAAGAUACUUCAGCAGUUCCUAAAAGAUGAAGAGGCAGCCAAAAUCACUGCACUGAGGGAGGAAGAGGAACAGAAGAGUCAGAUGAUGAAGGAGAAGAUUGAGAAGAUGACCAAAGAGAUAUCAUCACUUACAGAACAAAUCAGAGCCAUAGAACAGGAGCUGGGGGCUGAAGACGUCUCAUUCCUGCAGGUAAGUCAUGUGUCAUAAUCACACAUAAAACAUGUUUAUCAAUACUCAAAUGGGAAUAUAUUACAUUGAUACAGUUUUAAUAAUCUGAGUAUUGGUUAUAGUAAUAAAAAUCAACUCUUAUUCACUUAUUUCAGAGCUACAAAGAUGUGGAGAAACGGUAUGUAGACUCCAGCCUUUCUCUUAAUUUAAUCUUUUAAUCUCCUCUUCCUUUCUCUCAUCAGUUUAAAUGUGAGUGGUAGUUUACUGCAGCAUUUCAUCAAUGAUGUGUAAAAUAGGACCAGAUGGAAACAUUCAAAAUAGAAUGCUACAUUCAUGCCCAAAUGAGUUAUCAGAUC